CGACAGGCAAUACCUGUCUGUACAUUGGUUGUCAUCAGUCCCCCACUCCUUCCUUGAAAUCCACCUCUCCCUAUCCCUUUUAGUAUAAAACCCUCAUGUCCCUUUUCCUCAACAUCAUUCAUCACCAUUGCUUAUCCAAAUUGAGAGAAUAUUGAUUCUUGAUUCAUAUGGCUGGAGGGAGAAAGGGGAAUAAUGAUCAGUUCCAAGACAUGCUGCCAUUGAUGGCUGAGAGGUUGGGAGGUGAGGGGCUGAUUGGGGAGCUCUGCAAAGGGUUUGGUCUGCUGAUGGAUAGGGAAAAAGGGGUGAUCACAUUUGACAGUUUGAAGAAGAACUCAGCUCUCUUGGGGCUGCAGGAUCUUGGAGACGAAGAGCUCGAGGGGAUGUUGAGGGAAGGCGAUCUCGACCGGGAUGGCGCCCUCGAUCAGAUGGAGUUCUGUGUGCUCAUGUUCAGGUUGAGCCCUCAGCUCAUGGACCAGUCUGAGGCCUUGCUGGAGUAUGCCUUGCACCAAGAGUUUAGAUGGAAGUGAUUGUUCUUUUUCUUUUUUGGGGGCUCGGGUUUAAUCUUCGUUGUUGUUGAUUAUGCGGAGACAACAAGAUGUAGCGCGAUUUGUAAUAGACGAUCUCGUGGGUGGAACAUCGGAUGGUAUCUCGAAUAAUUUAUGUACAUAGAUCAAGGAAAAAUGUCGAUUAAUCCUCGUUAAAGCGAGAAAGUGUCA